AUGCCCUUUUGGCUCGUUUUUCACCCCACCGGCACUUUCGAGGACACCGGUUCUAAGAAAGCUUUGACCGAAGACAUCACAAAAAUAUACACCGGAAUCGGUCUUCCUGCAUUCUACGUGGUCAUCAACUUUAUUAAGCUCUCACCUGGAGAUAUCUGGGUUGGCGCUGAAAGGAAAAUGGACAUCCCGUUUAUUCGAAUUAUUGCCGAACACAUUGCUGUUCGGCUCGACAAUGAGGACCAUGUUUACAAGUAUACAUGUGACGCGAUUGAAAACGCCUUGAAGCCUCAUAUUGCCGAUAGAGGUUAUGACUGGGAAUUUCACGUCGAUGAGACUGAAAGAAGGCUAUGGCGCGUCAAUGGAAUAGUUCCUCCUCCGACGUGA